UAGACACGCCUCCUCCUCCUCCUUGUGGUCAUGGAGGUCGCUCCAAGGUACAAACUUCGUUUCUCCACCGACAUCCUUCAGCGUGAUUUGACGGUACUCAUCCUCGUCGGUCUUGGUUUUAUUUCUAGCCAAAGAUUUGUGUUUGCUCGAGUUACCAUCCUUCUCCCUGGCUACUAGAGAUAUUUGGGGUCACUUAUGGCGUUGUCACCACGGCAUAUGGUCUCGCCUAUAAAGCGAGCCGGUGCCUCGACCAUGAAUUUGCUUUCGAAGCCGUUCAGACUGCAUAUACAGACAAUAGAACACACUCGCUCUCCAGAUCCCAGCAGCAAGGCAUCAGAUAUUACAGUCAACAUGGUUUCUAUCUCGGUCGAACCACCUAGCCAAGUCCAGCGAGGGACGGUUCUCUACCCUCCCUUGGUCGUUAGCUGUCCAAACGGGCAGUACGCCUUCUUCCAAGUCGUGCUCAUUGAUUCUCACGGACGCAUUGCAGACCAGCAAUAUAUCCAGGGCACGCUUUCAAUGUCCCCACAGGCCUUAGAGUCAAGUUCGCACGGCAGCCGAGGUCCCAAGGAUUAUGCUGUCUUCCCCGACCUGAUAAUCGGUAGAUCGGGAACAUUCACGCUUCACGUCAAUGCCUAUCAGAUGGACUACCAGUCCAUGCCCCCUUCCAUGUAUCAUGCGUCUACGGCUGCUACGCGGGAGAUCCGCGUCCGUUCUGGUGAGGUCUCUGAUGGACGUCCGUCGGGCUCGGAAGCUCGACUGCUGGACAGACUUGCCCAAGCCGGGUUUACUAUCCCGUAGGUGCUACGAUAAAAGGGUGACAGAACAGAAGAGAGACAUCAUGAGCAGUUUUACAGUUACAGUCAUACAUAGCUUCACACUAGAAAGAGGGGAAAUCGGGCCGGUGUUUCUUGACGGGUCAAGUCAGUGGUUUGGGUGCGCAAUGGGGAGGGUCAUCAUUUGUUAGAAUUGUGGGUUGAGGUCACUAUGUUUGUUAUAUCGUUCGUUAUCUUAUGUCAUUUCAUUCUUUUUGGGGCAAGUUCAUCAACCGGAUCAGACGUGAC